AUGUCGUGGUCUAUACGCUGCUUUCACACGCCCCUGCACGAGGCGCACACCUCGCUGGCCAUGCGGCGGCUGAUGGGGCGCUUCUGGAGCCCGUUCUGCCGCCGUCACGUCGGGCCGGACCUCCGCUCGUAUGGCUUCACGGAGGUUUUUCAGACCAUCUGCACGCAGGACAACUUCACUUGCCAGGUGAAUGGGCAGGUGGGGGAUGAUCGACUUAUAGAGGACUUUUUCAUUGUUCUUCUCUGUGGAUUCGACUUUGCUGACGUGCAUGUGGAGCAGUCAUCCUUAACUGAUGCACUAGGUCACCCGCAUAACUUCAAGGGCACGUACACCCUCGCGCACACUCGGCCGUUCCUGGGGUGGCGCCCACCGUCUGUAGUGCCCCGACUGGCACCAUCAUCAGCAGUAGAAGCAGCAGCAGCGGCGGCGGCGGAUACUGUGGAAGGGGGCAUCGCGGGCGAGCAGAGCGAUACGCCAAGGUCUGCAGCGGACGCUGCGUGUGAGGAAUCUGUCGCGGCAUCGUCGCUGUUGCAAAUGAGCCCUAGUGUGCCAUUAGUUAAGGUCCCGUUCUCUGCGCGGCUGGAGGGGACGGAGCAUCACAUAUCUCACAUGAUUCUCCGAUCCCCUGCUCUGGAUGUGAUCACGAGCGACGCGAACUGCCCCGCCACAGUGCAGCGUUGUCUGGAGAACCCCGAGGCGCUGCGAGUGCUUGUGAGCCUCCGCCGCGCCAACGUGCGCCCAGACAUUAUUACCGACAAGACGCUUUUGGGGAUCACCACAAAGAAGGAGGCGUGGAGUUCCGCGUUGGGCAUUCUAUAG